AGUGUUGGUUAUUCCGACUUUGUUUUCUCUCGAUUGACCAUCACUCAUGAGUGCAUCGAAUGAACCUAUGGUGAACACCUUGUCGGGAGGCGAGGCUAGUCCGAUGGAAAAGAACAAGUUCGUGACCGUUACUACUGGAGCAUACACCCGGAUGGUUAUAAUAGGUAUAGGUUACUUGUUCCCUAUCUCUGCUAUUUGGGCAGCCUUCGACUACUGGAAGACCUUAUUUCCCGACAAGAACAUUGAGUUCGUGGUCACUUGUCUGUACCAGUUCGGUUCGGUCAUGACGGUCCUCAUCCUUUCCUUGGGCAAGUCUAUGAAGUUCCAUCGACGGAUCCUGGGUGGCUUCAGCGGACAAUUCUGCUGCUUGUUCGUCAUCUUCCUUUUCCGUUGGUUGGGACUACCCGCUGAGGUCGUCUAUGACAUCUUGCUGGGCCUAGUGUUCUUGAUGUCUGUGGUGACUGGGUUUUUGGAUUCCGCUUUACUAGCUCUGAACUCGCAAUAUUCGCCCAAGAUGCAGGAGGCUCUACAGAUCGGCAUCGGUUUCUCAACUUUUGUGUCUGUCGUUUACCGAGACAUUACCAAGCUUAUCUCGACCUCCCAGGCUGACUCAACAUCCAUCUACUUUUUGGCUGCUCUCGCAACGGUGGUAGUUUGUAUCACAAGUUACGUGUCUCUCAUGAAGAUGCCGAUCUCUGCUCACAUCCACGAGGACGAGGUUUCAUCCAGCCAGGAAACUCUACUGGAUAAGAAAGAAGAAGAGGAGGUGGACAUUUGGAAGGUUCUCCGCAGAGUGUGGUUCAACGAGCUCGUCAUCUUCCUACAGUUCGUUUUGACUACUGCUUGCUAUCCUGCUAUCCUCACUGCUAUUCCCUGCUAUACUUUAACGGCAUUGGCCCCCGCUCACUGGUAUCAGACUAUUCUGUUAUCCGUCUUCACAGUCUUCGACGUCAUUGCUCGAUUCUGUGUGCGCCAUCGCGGCCCUCUUUAUUACGGGAACAUUUGGAUCACUGCGGUUAUACGUAUGUUGAUUUUCCCCCUGGUUGUCAUGUGUGCCACGGGAUCUUUCCGCAACGAUUGGUUCUCCAUGUUCAUCGUUGCCCUCUUCGGCUUCGGAAACGGCUUCUCUGGCAGCCUCUCAUUGAUCACUAUCAACGAGAUCCCUGGCCUUUCCGGUCCCGAACUCAAAGCAACGGGCAGGUUCUCUGCUGUGGCGGUUAACUCAGGUCUAUGCGUCGGAGGGUUUGUGGCCAUGGGUCUCGGUGUCUGGCUUGGAUUGGCAUAAAAUGGUUUAUAUCGACAAGUCGUUGACGUUCAAUGUAGCUGUUCUGAGAAUCUGGAAAAUGCUAUAUUCAUAUUGUACUUUACUAAAACGACAAUAAUUGUGCGCGAUAAGAAA